AUGCAAAUGAAAUGUUAUACUAUAAAACCUCAAUGUCAAACAAAUGAUUAUCAACAUCAAAUAUUGAAAGCUGAUGUUGGCCAAGAUGUAACUAUGUCAUGUAUAUUCGAUGAAGACAAAAUUGAACAGGUGUCCUUCAUGCGUCAGAUGACAGGUGACAUAUUGUCACUUGGUUCAGAAUUAUUUGUUCAUGAAUUUUCAUCAAAUCAACAUAUUAAAUUAAUUCAAUUUUCAACCAAUCGUUUAGAUUUAAAAUUAAUAUCAGUUAAUCAAAAUGAUUCAGGCAUAUAUACUUGUAUGUUAAAUGAUGAAAAAUUAACAUCAUUUUUAUUAGAAAUAUUUGUCCCACCGCGAUUUAUUUCAUAUUUUCCAAUUGAAGGAAGUGUUUCAUAUUCGGAAGGUUCAUCAAUGAAUUUAUCUUGUCGUGCUUUUGCUGUUCCAUCAGCAAAUAUAACUUGGAUUUAUCGUGAUAAAAAUAAACAAUCAAAAACAAUUCAUUAUGGAGAAGAUGUUUAUAUAUCAUCACUUCAAUCAUCAGAUAGUGGUUCAUAUGAAUGUAUUGCUUCAAAUAAUUUUCAUGCAUCGAUUAGUCGUUCAUUUUAUGUUACUAUUCAAUAUUCUCCUCGUGUAAUGAUAUUAAAUGAUAAAAUGACAAGUGAUAUUCAUGACACAGUCAUAGUAAAAUGUCAUGUAUGUUCAAUCCCAGAAGUGAUUCAGAUAAAUUGGUUAAGACAUGAUCAAAUGAUAAUGGAUGUUAAUAUUCUUAUUAAAACACAAACAAUUGAUCAUUAUCAAUGUUUAGAAUCUACUAUGGAAAUUGUUGAUAUAAAUGAAUAUCAAUUCGGACAAUAUGAAUGUCGAGCAGAAAAUAAUCUAGGACAAAAUUUUGCUUAUAUUGAUAUUCAACAAAUUUCAAGAAAUAUAAAAAUAAAACAACAAGAAUUUCAUUCAAAUGAAAUUAAUCGAAAUGGACGUACAGCUUUAUUAAUUGAUAAUCAAGAUAAAAAUUUCACAAUAACAUCAACAAAAACUCCAAAAUGGUUAUCGAAUUGUUCAUCUGUAUAUGUAUUAUCUUCGUUUUAUUAUUAUUCAUUAAGUUUAUUAAUAUGUUGGAUUCGACCAGUAUGA